AUGCACUUCGGGCGCCCGACGCCGCGCGAGCGGGAGUGCUUCACGCGCGUGCUGAAGGGGCACGUGGCACUCGCCUCCGCCGUGUUCCCGCAGGGCACCCCCGGGUUUGUCGUCGACGCGCUCGCGCGCCGCCCGCUCUGGGACGCGGGGCUGGACUACCCGCACGGGACCGGCCACGGCGUGGGCGCUGCCCUCGCCGUGCACGAGGGCCCGCAGGGCAUUGCCAAGCGCUACGAGAACCACACGCCCCUGGAGGCCGGCAUGGUGGUCAGCAACGAGCCCGGCUUCUACUCCCCUGGGGAGUUCGGCAUUCGCAUCGAGAAUCUCCUCGUCGUGGUGGAGAGGGAGACCCCGAACCAGUUCGGUGGGAGGGCCUACCUGGGCCUCGAGCCGCUCACGCUCGUGCCCAUCCAGCAAGCCCUGAUCGACGUCGACCUGCUCACGGACGGGGAGCGCGCCUACAUCCCGGGGGACACCACCUGA